AAACAAACAGGACAAGAGAGGAAACGAGCAGCAGCAGACGUUUUUUUGCUGGGUUCCUACCCCCCUUUGAGAUAUAUAUUUUUUAAAUUUUUUGUAAGCUUUUUUUGUAACAAGACAAAAUGAAAUGCUGUUUCAUAGAAAAACAGUUAUUUUAAUACACGUGUACGGAUACUUUUUCUAGCAAAAAUCUAAAACUACGGGUUUUUAGUAUCAGUAGCAGCUUGCUAGCUCGGGUAAUAAGGCUUUAUGAAUUGUCAUUUAAAUUUAAGAUAAAUACUAAGUCGUAUUUACCCAGUUAGUGCUGAUGUAGUGCUGUCUUCCAUAAAAAAGAAGAAAAAAAAACGGUCCUGCAAUCGUUUAGCUAGCAUUUCACGCUGAGCAGGACAAGAGAAGAUAGGGAAGAAUGACUGCUGUCCAGCUUAUUAAUAUCCAACGGUUAUUGGAGGCGGCUGAGUAUUUAGAAAGAAGAGACAGAGAGUGCGAACAUGGAUAUGCUUCGACCUUCCCUUCAAACCAGAGCACAAACCACCAGAGGCAGAGGAAAUUCCGAAAUAAAAAGUUCAUCAGUAACCACAACAGGUCAACACACAACGAACUUGAAAAAAACAGACGAGCUCACCUGCGGCUGUGCUUGGAGAGGUUGAAGGCCCUCAUACCUCUGGGACCCGACUGCAGCCGCCACACCACCCUGGGCCUACUCAAUAAAGCCAAAGCACACAUAAAGAAACUUGAAGAGGCGGACAGGAAAAGUCAGUACCAGCUGGAGUCUCUGGAGCGCGAGCAGAGGCACCUACAGCGUCAGCUGGAGCUGCUGAGAGGAGGAAGUGUUGCUGCAGUCCAGAGCAGCCCAGGGGAGGGCGAGAGGAUACGCAUGGACAGCGUUGGCUCCACCCUCUGCUCCGACCGCUCGGACUCAGACCAAGAAGAGAUCGAGGUGGACGUAGAAAGCACCGAGUUCUCCCAUGGAGAGCUCGACGGCGUGAGCACAGCCAGCACCAGCGACCUGGACGACCACAGCAGCCUGCAGAGCAUGGCCAGCGACGAGGGCUACUCCUCCUGCAGUGUCAAAAUCGCCUUCUCCUCCUAAAGCCUCCGCCGCCAGCAACCACCAGCCCUGCCAAACCCAGCCGCUCACCCAACCGGCCACGGCAUCGCCUACGGUGACGGCGCUCCCCCUACCAACCUACGCUCCGAGCCUUUUCGUUAUGCCGCGUGCGCUCUUUCCCCUGCUGGAGGAGCUACAGUGAGACAUGCUCCUCCCGACACCGUCUCCUCUGGCACUGAAAAACUGCUCUAAAUUCACAUAAAGGGAGAUCAGAGACUUCACACACACAAGUCUUCUGGAUUUUUAAACCCAUGACAAAAAAAAAGUGUAAUUGAUUGAAGUGUUGAUUUUCAAAAGAUGCACAACCCCUGAUUUUACUUAAAAUGCACUUAAAUUUUUAUAAUAGUGAAAUUAUUCAAUUGUUUUUUUUUUUUUUUUAGUUCCUUAAUAUGAGUGUGUGUUGAGCUGAAGUUAACUCAUUCAAACAGUCUGGCGUUAAACCAGGGUUUGUUUUACGGCGGAGGGGGGGGGGGGGGGGAUUUCUGCCAUAUCGACGCUGCUUGGCCCUAAAAGACAACGAAUAGAAUAAAAAUGGCCCUGCAGAGCUAAACGUCAUCCCCGUUUUAUCGUUUGUCUCUGCUCGACACCAUGGAGGCUCAAAUCAACAAAAUCGGUGCUAUCAGGGAAGCAGAGCAGAUACAGUACCAUACGGAGCGUCCUCUGCGUGUCGACCAAUCACAGAGGAAAACCCGCAAAAAAAAAAAAGAGCAUUCCUACCGAAUGUUGGUUCUUAGUGCAGUUUCUACGAGUGGAAAUCGUAACUUUGUGCGAAUGUGUUGUUUUGGUUCCUUAACUCCUCAAUAAGCAGCUACGACAAGCCAUCCAGCACUUGCCUACUUUGCAGCUGUCAGUAUAAUAAGGCACAAUCCUAGACCAGAUAAAAACACACACAAAAAAAGCAGCAGCAACAAGGGAAAAUAAACCCAAACGGCUUUAAAGUUUGGAACAGACGUCCGUCCUAUUUCCAGCAGUAAGAAGCAAUAACUCCCGCAGUUCUUUUUUCUUUUUUUUUUUCCUCCUCCUUCUGUGUGACCGUCCCCAAAAAUAAACAAAAAAAUAAAUUAAAGCAAUUAUUUAUUUUUUUGUACAUACAAAUAGCUAAAUAAAUUAAAUUUUAAAAAAGACUUUAAAAAAAGAUAGAGCUCAUUGAUAGAAGUAUCACCUGUUUUGCUAUUCGACUUGUGUUUAUGGUGCAUUUUAAACUAAAUUUUAUCUGCAAUAUUUUCCUUUCUGUUCCAAGUGAUUGCCACCUACUUAGUUCCCACCCUGACGUGGAGCAUCAUCGAUUUGUGAUGGAAAACAAAACAAAAAGCAGCUCUCUGUUCUUAAAGGAUGCAGUUCUUGUGCAGCACAGUUUUAUUUUAUUUAUUGUACUGUUUUUACAUUUUAUUUCUUAAUAUUCCUUGUACAUGUGGCAUUCCUCGGGUGGGUCAGGCGUUCUGAAGGAGAACGGGUUGUAUGAUGUCAAUAAUCUCCAACCAAACCUUCGCUGGCUUUAAGAAUUGCACUCCAACCAUAGUUGUCUUUAAGCUUAAAAUUUCCAUCCAAUCAUUUUCAUCUGAAAGGAAAGAGGAGAACUGCCACAAGUUUUAAAUAUUUAUUUCUCAGUCCCCUAAAAAGUGUUUGCAAUACGGGGAAAAGUUCACUUAUUUUGGUUCUGUCUUAUUUUACUCACUCUUCCUCAUUCCUUAUUUUAAGAAUUGUAUAUUUUAUGAAUUGUUGUUAAGCUGAUUUCUUUGUCUUUAAAGGUAAUGAGGAUUUUAAGGAAUAAAGAAAAUAAAUGUAGCCAUUUUGUUUAUUAUUAUUAUUAUUUUUCUGAUGUUUUAUUGUAUGGACACUUGAAAUGUACUCUGGCCCCUAAGCUGCUCCUAGUGCUGAGCCUCACCUGUCUGGAGUCGGCAGCCUUGUCCAGAACUGUCUCUGUCCCCGAGCAGCAUAUCGUCCUGGUUUUAUUCUGCUCCGAGGGUGCACUUGUUUCUGCACGAGGCUCGCUUACAGCCUAGACUUUUCUGGCAAAUUCUGAGCCAGCUACUACACAAUGAAAGGGGGUCUAAAAAAAAAUCCACUCUCCUCUAUUAUGAGGGUUGUAGUCUCUAUCAGACUCGUGGUCUAGUUGGCUAAAUGUCUUACAUUUAAAUCCAUUUGUGGAUUUCAUGAAAAUGAUGACCACAAAAAGAACAAACCUUUGGUUUCUCUCUGAAGGAUGUCACUAAGGUGUGAAGGAUGACAUGUGAGCUCCUCUGCAGAGCUCUGUCGAGGUUGUUGGACUUGGCACUGAUUCAGAAAGUCACCGCUUUUGGUGCUUUGUUAUAAAAAAAAUGCCAAAAACACCUCAGAACACCUCAGUGUCCUCUCUCUCUAUCUCUCUCUCUCUGAGGGACAGUUUACAUUUACCUCCCCCUUUUAAUUUAAUGACUUCCAUUUAAGUGUUGCUUUACUGUUUUUAUUUUUUUCCUUCAUAUGUUGAUUUUCUGAACCUGCACUGCUUGCAGAAGGGCCCCAUGGUUGACGUCUCUCCUCGUUCAACAUGCCAUUUUCCUGCACAGAUUUUAGUAAAUGUUAAAUUUGGAGAUGCACCAGGAAAUAAAACCUGAUGAUUUUUGAGCAGUUGCUCAACUGAAAGAAGUUGAUAUUUUAAACACAUGCAAAUGUGUUUUGUUUGUUUUCUUUAAAGACCAAGCAUCAGCAAACUUUCCUGAUUAUGGAUCCGUUUGCACACAACUUUCCAAGCCGUCUAGAGAUCAUUUAUCGUAGAAUAACUGGGCUGCACCAGUGUAGUUCAAAAUUUGCUCUGAGUAAGCUGAGCUUGAUUAUCAGUUUUGUGCAGACUGUUCCUUGAUCAGCAAAUUGGCAGGUCUGAAAAAAAGUUUCUGGCUAUUCUGCAUAUUUUCAAGCAUAUCUUCACAAAAAAACAAAAAAUCCCCUUAGUGUUUAAGCCCAAGUUCAGCCGCUUGGCAUGAUCAGGGUGUGAGGUCACAGCCAAUGGACGCCCACUUCAAAGAGCAGUGCAGGAAAGAGCCUCCUGUUGUUGUGAACCUGUGGCCAUUCUUUGUAAAACAUGCACUCCGGUGAUGAUGAUGAUGAGGAGGAGGAUUCUAUAGUUGUGUAUGUUGAACAUGCAAUACCAACAAUAAAGCCACCAAGAUUUUCAACCCUAAAGGACUGAAAUGAGCUGUUCAUACCACAAAAUGUCUCUCUCCUGAAUGUACUGUAAAGAAAUGACUUACACUAAGAUGAAUAAAGUUUGUGACUUUAA